AUGCGUUCAGAGGCCUGUGGAUUGCGGUCUGUGGAUGCGGUCAAGCCUGUGGGUGCGGUCAGAGCUGUGAUGCGGUCAGAGCCUGUGGCGCGGUCAGACCAGCCUGUGGAUGUGCGGUCAGAGUCUGUGGGUGCGGUCAGAGUCUGUGAUACGGUCCAGAGCCUGUGGAUGCCGGUCAGAGGCCUGUGGGUGUACGGUCCCAAGUCUGUGAUGCGGUCAGAGUCUGUGGAUGCGGUCAUAGAGCCUGUGAUGCGGUCAGAGCCCUGUGAUGCGGUCAAAGAGCCCUGGUGGAUGCGGUCAGAGGUCUGUGGGGUGGCGUCAGAGCCCUGUGGAUUGGCGGUCAGAGCCUGUGGAUGCGGGCGAGAGUCUGGGAAUGCGUCAGAGCCUUGUGGAUGCGGUCAAGAGCUGUGGUGCGGUCAGAGCCUGUGGGUGCGGUCCGACCUGUGGGGUGCGGUCAGAAGCUGUGGAUGCGGUCAGAGCUCGGUCAGAGUCUGUGGAUGUGUUGGGCCACUCACCUUGCGGCACUCCCUGCUGAGCUCUUGUUGGCAGCACUCCGACAGUCAGGCUGCAGUGUGUUGA